AUGGAGGGACCGGCACAGCCCACGACCCCCGAGGGAGAUGACACGGGGCAGGCCGUAGUCGUGCCGAAGAAAGCAGUCCGGGGGAGAGGAAAAGCCCAACCUGAACGGCCGAAGAGAAGUCUCUUCUGUUUGACACUCACUAAUCCAUUAAGAAAGCUGUGCUACGAUAUUGUGGAGUGGAAGCCGUUCGAGUACAUGAUAUUGACAACGAUUUUUGCAAACUGUAUAGCCCUCGCUGUGUUCACGCCCUACCCGGCCGGAGACACGAACAACACAAAUCAGAUUUUAGAAAAAGUAGAGUGGAUUUUCAUGGGAAUUUUCAGUGCAGAGUGUGUGAUGAAAAUUAUAGCGUAUGGAUUUCUGAUGCACCCGGGAGCAUAUUUGAGGAAUGCUUGGAACAGUUUGGACUUCACCAUUGUCACUAUUGGAAUAGUGAGUCAGAUACUCCAGAAAAUUUCAAGCGAUCUCUUUGAUGUAAAGGCUUUGAGAGCUUUUAGAGUUUUGCGGCCGCUACGUCUGGUCUCCGGGAGUACCAAGUCUUCAAAUCGUGUUAAAUUCGAUAUUAAAAGCGAUGGUGCCCUUAUUCCAUAUUGCCUUUCUGGUACUCUUCGUUAUCAUCAUCUACGCUAUCAUUGGCUUGGAGCUGUUCUCUGGAGUCCUUCACGACACCUGCUUUGA